AUGAAGAGGACUUUGUUGGGGCCCUCUCUUGUUUCAACGAGGGGUGCCCUGCAAUGCUCGAAGCGCUUCAAUCUUCUGGAGCAUAAGACCAAAGGCUCUAUGUUUAUGAAGCACUUAGAUUUGUAUGCUCGACGAGAUCCACAGCUGGCUCCCUACUUACUUAGAGAAGUAGACAUAGAGUACAAAAGAAAAUGCCGUAAGGUGUCUUUUUGCUGCUGGAUGUGUAUUUUCACAAUUGUGACUGCAGUUCAAAUGCGUAUGCAGAGUGAACAGCUGCAUUAUUUACGUCUAUACGCAGAUUGUGUGAGGGCUGAACAAGAAGCAAAGGAUGGAGACGAAAUUCGGCGUAGAAAAGCAUUUGUAGGAGUAAUGAACAUUGUACGGGAUGCAUUUGAUCGAGAUCAGUCGUGGAACCGGAACGACCAGGAGAAGGCGUUGAAUGCAUUGUGA